AUGGUUGUUGAACUGAAGAACAAACCAAGGGAAGGUGGAGAGAACAGGAUACCCCGUCUCAGUCAACAGAGCGAAAGAAUGGUGCAAAGUGUCAACAUGAUCUACUGCCAAGAAAAAAAUUAUAACUCUCACUCUCAUUCUUCUCAGCAAACAAGAGAAGCACAAACACAAUGUAGCACAAUUUAUGUGUUUGCUGUUACUUUUUCCCAUUUGAAAGAGGAAGAUGGAGAUGUAAGUUCAUCACUGUGA